GGGUUAUUCACUCUUAAUUGAAAGGACAGCAUCGUCGGAGCACACACAAGCUGGGCUUUCCCUUAUCGUCACUGUUACUUGUCGCUGUUGUUUCUUCUUCUCUGUCUCUCUUCCAUAAGAUUUAAGAAAGCCAAAGCCUAAUUGAUAUAGCAAAGGACAAAUAAAUGUAGCCUAUGAUUUUAAUGUGAUUCUUUUCUUGGUUUUCUUCUUUUUCUUUUAUUUAUAUAUAGAGCAACAACAACGCGAGAGAGAAAGGCAGUUCAUUGAAAUUCUCCUCUCUCUCUCUCUCUCUCUCUCUCUCUCUCUCUCUCUCUCUCUCUCUCUCUCUCUCAGCUCUAGACUUUGAAUACCCUUUUUGAAGUUAAAACCGUGAAGAAAGAAAGGAGAUGAAUAUAUCAGCAUCGGAAUGCACUAGUAGGUGUGAAUCUGGUUGGACACUUUAUCUGGACCAAUCCUCCAUUUCUGAAACUCAAUACCAGAGAGAUCAUGGAGUUCUUAAUUAUGGAAAGAAAGGGGGUGUGGAAGUAGAAGAAGAAGAAGAAGAAGAAGAACAAGAUUUAUCCAUGGUGUCUGAUGCUUCUUCUGGACCUCCCCAUUAUCAUGAAGAUGAUGAAGCUUGCUUUUGCGAAUAUGGGUAUUCUUAUUCUGCUUCUGGAUCAGCCAAGAAGGUGAAGAAGAAUAAGAUGAAGGAGAAAUGUAAAAAUGAGCAGUAUUCGUAUCUAGCUGACACUGCUAGCUCCCCUGUCUCCAAGAGAAAAAUGAAACUUUCAAGGAAUGGAGCUUUGAUGGAGAAUGUAACAGGUUAUUCUGAGAGUUUUUCAGCAACACAUUUUAAGGGGAAAUCUGCAUUGGAGAAGCACUUCAAUUUCCACUCCUCUCUGGCAAAAAAUUCUGGUUCAGAAGAGCCAGGUGAUGAAGUACUAAAAACAUUAUUGUUUUUUUUCAACUUUCUCACCAAUGUUCAGUUCUGUAAAAAUCAUACAGGGAAACGAAGGUGAUUUUCAUGGAAGAAAUUGGGAAUGAUAAAUGUGAUAAUAAUUAUAUCUUUUUGUCUCUGCUGCUACUGCUGCCUAUGCACAGAGAGAGAGAGAGAGAGAGAGAGAGAGAGAGAGAGAGAGAGAAAGAGAAAAGGUAGGAAAGGAAAAGAUCACGAAAGGAUCUUGUUCCUUUUUUAUUUUUAUUUUUAUUUUUUAUAAUGUUCCUUUUCAAAUUUCAGUUCCCUUUUAUUUGUUCUUGUCAAUGCAGUGGGAAACAACCUGAGAAACAUAAAAUAUUAAUAAAUCUCCUGUCUUUUGAUGCCCUUAA